AUGGAGUUUCUCAUCCACAUUACCCCGUCUUUGACAGGAAGCGAAAGCCGGGAGUACACUACCCUGGGCUGCUGGAGGGACACAUCUGAGCGCGCCAUUCCGACCCUCGAGGGCACAGAUCCGCUACUGGAUGGCGGCCACUAUUACGAACGUACCCGCGCCAUUGAGAAGUGUUACCAGGUAGCACGUUCUCGUGGGUUUACCGUGUUUGCUGUACAGAAUGGCGGGCAGUGUUUCGGGUCUGCUAACGGCCACAACACCUACAACAAGUACGGGCCUACCACAGCCUGCGCUGCGGACGGCGAAGGCGGGCCUUGGGCAAACCAAGUCUACAAGAUUAAAGAAAAUUCGCCCGAAGAGUGCCUGAUGGACCCGUCGAAGUGGCGCGAAGACUUUCGUUGCGGUCAGGGUUACCCUGCAGAGAAUGGUCACCCCGCUGAAUGUGACCCUGAUGGGGGACGGCCAUGCUGCUCCUCGGCAAACUGGUGCGGCAGCACGGCAGACCACUGUGACUGCCCGGGCUGUGUCGACUACAGGACAGCGGAUAACAUCGCUGAAGGGAAGCCGGCGUUCCAAACCUCGGUGGUGUGGGGUAAGGUUGCCGGCCUGGCUGUGGACGGGAACACCAACGGGGACUAUUACCAAAACUCCUGUCAGCACAAUUUCAAUGAUCCGGGAGAAACCAACCCGAUGUGGUGGGUGGAUCUCGGACAAUCCUUUACGAUUGACAGGGUGGUCAUCUUCAACCGCCAGGACUGCUGUCCAGAACGAAUAAACCCCUUCAACGUCCACAUCGGGGAUUCCGACCAGGUCAGCGAGAACCCCAAGUGUGGAGGUGACCACCACAUCGCCGAGAACCAGCCGUCCAUUUCCGUCUCAUGUCAGGGGAUGUCCGGGCGGUACGUCGGGGUCCGUCUGCCAGGAUACUACCGAACUCUUACUCUGUGCGAGGUCCAAGUGUUUGCAGGUAGACCUUUACAAUAUAGUCAUCUAUGUUCGCCUGGCCCGGAGCAGCUCCUGAGUGAGGGGAUCUCGAAACUCCGCCAGCGUCGCUCCAUGAGGAAACUUAGCCAUCAUCCGACCCCUGCAGUAAGAUAA